AUGAGACUGAACAAGAAGAAAGUACUUUUGUGUGCCAGCCUACUUGGAUUUGUAUCUCUUCUGCUCUGCACAAUGCAAACACUGGAUGUCAACUCAAAGGCAAUGGACAGGAAGUCCCAUAUUCAGGGAGCUAAGCAACCUUAUACAAGAGCACAUGGGAUCAAGGGCAGAGGUGUCCGCCACAGCAUUUUACAACAGCAGAGUAAAUAUAAAUGGAAGGAGUUUUUUGUUCUGGAUUCUGUGCAGAUUAUGGAGUCAAACCUAAAUCAAAAGGCCUACAAAGCCAGGCCAGUCAAAGAGCCAAAAAUCAAAGAUGGUAUGAAGUGGUUGGGAGAAGACAAUGAAAUAGUGGGCAUGGAUAAGGACACCACUCAGAAGUCAGCCAAAAAGAACAAUGUGUCAUCUCCAAUAAAACAAGAUGUGAAAAAGGGGAAAGGAGUAAAGAAAGCAGCAAAAACCAUCUUGGAAUGUCCCAGAUUUGGCACGUUCCGCUCGAUGGAUUUCCUUGCGGGGCCCCCCUCAAACAAACCCAUCACUUGGUUCAGUCAGAGAGACAAGCAACUGAUAAAAUUCCUGGCUGGAGGAUUUGUUCAGAAGGUUGACCGUCUGAUCAGGGGAAAGCAGGUGGUCCGGGUUGUCUUGAGCAUUAACAGCAGUCUUGCUCCAGAGGGCAGCAGAGACCACUGCAGAGCAGGAGCUUGUGGAGUUGUGAGGGAGAUGAGUGACCUGCGGGAAGUCGCUGCUUUCCACUUGGACAGAAUUCUGGACCUCCAGGUCAGCCAGCCGGUGGUCGCACGCCGACUGCAGUCCACCCUGCUGCCGCCCGGAUACAGGGACGGAUCGGCAAGGCCUGCUGUGUGGUGGGACCCGCAGAUCUCUGUACCCCAAGGUGCCAGCCUGCACCUGGACACUUACCUUUUCCACGUGGCUCAGUUCCCCUCUGUCUUCAGCCAGUGCAGUGAUGAGGAAGGUGAAACGUGUUUCCGGGACAGCAACCCAGAGCUGGAAAAGCUGAAGCUGCUGGAUUAUUUCUUGCAGGAUGUGGAGAUAAUUUUGGCCAGCUUUGACAGGGACAGGAAUAGACAUACAAUUAAUUUCAAUGAUUUAGAUUGGUUACCUCCCAACACUAUGAAGACCAUUGCCUCACAGUGCUUGCCUGAAAUGCUCUUACGUUCGUUAUAUGAAGACCAAAACUACUGGCAAAGCAAGGGGCUGAGUUCCAUAUUGAAAUUGGUUGUCAAAGUUAAUAAAAGAGCCCAGGCUUUGUUAAAGUACAUCCGAGAAGACCAACCAAAACUUCAAAAGGCAUUGGUGCGAAAUUCAACGAAGAAAACCCCACCUGAACUUCUGGUUAACUAAUAAUUGGUUAAUUUUGUACAGUGAAACCCAUUGCAUCAAAGUAGCAAUCUCACCGGUAAAGAGGAUUCCUUUUACCUUCAUGUGGAACACCCAGUAAAUGCCAUAGACAUAAGCAAAUUGCAAUCAAUUCUCGCAAAGUUGAACAAAGUGUCCUGGGGAGAGAUACUAGUCUACAUGCACGGAGUUGGAACAUGAAACCUAGAGAUUGUUUUUGUCAUCGUUCUGGACAGUUGGACAUAGCUGAGAUACUGUUUGACAAUAAUUCCCUUGAGUGGAUGAAUAGGAAGAUGUCAUAUGAAGGGGAGAACAUAAUGUGAGGAUUGUUAUCAAUAGAAUAUCCUGCCCUUCAUGUGUUGUGGGGGAUCAUGCAGGUCCUCUGACUGAGUUGGCUACCAGCAGUGAAAUACCUCACAUCACAAAACUCUGACAAGAUGGAAAAUAUUGCUGACUGUGAUAACAGUUGUUGACCCUUGUUUGAGAUAAUGUGAAUUCCAUCAGAUAAAGAUCUGUCACUCAUUAACUUCCCCCACAGAAUUCCAGCUUCCCUGAUAUUUAAAUGUAAUCAUCUGUGUUAUUUUAAAGAUAUACAUAUUUUUGUUUACGAAACAUUUGUUUGCUUGUUUUAUUUGGAUCUCAGUGCAAUGGGGAGUGCAUUCCUACAAUAAUCUCCCAAUGAUUAAACUUUGAAUAAUCUCAGCCUGGUUACUUAACAAUUAGACAUUGUGCCCUUUAAUAGUACAAUUAAAAAAAGAAAGC